GCAUGGGACUAUUAGCUUCCACCAGAGGGCAUCUAAUUUGCAAAUGACCUUUCAGUUUUAAUUAAUGAGAAAUCCCACCAUGGUAGGGAUUCCCAUAGUCCUCCGUGUGCAGUUCUGAUUAUAAUUAUAAUUAUUAUUGUUGUUGUUGUUAUUUUAAUCACACUAAGAUGGUAAAGCUGUUUUGAGAAUGCAUUUGGCUUGUAGUUUCCUCAGUAAGGACCAAUACAAUUUCCAUUCUAGUGGCAAGGGGGUAUUUUGUCCCACCUUACUUGAAUUAUUACAGAUAUGUGUUGACUUUGUAUGACUGAUAAUUUUAAAGAAUAAUUUCGUUGUGUCGUGGCAACAUACAGGAGGAUAAUUUCCCACUAGAGGGCAGUGUCUUUCAAGUAAAUGUAAAAGAUCUCUCAAAUUUGCCAUCUUCGUGACAGAUUCAGGAAACUGUCUGAGCAGUUAAGUCCACGAUAAUGUUUGAAAUUCAUAGUAACCCUAAGAAACAACUGGUUAUUUCAGACUAAAGGUGACCCAGAUUCCGAACACAGGCCUACAGUAGGUUGGUUGGAAAGACAUAUUUCUACUUGCCUACGACGAAUAAUGCAAAGCUGAUGCAUUCAGCACUGUUCUAUGGCUAAGCAUGUUUAUUAUAACAUAGCCUAGCAUAUAAUGCAUUCAAACUGAUACAGCGAUGUUAAUAGGCCCAUAACUGACAGUCAGUCCAUCAGAUUAGAUCAGAAUAGCAGAUGCCCUAGGCUUUUAUGAUAUAGUUCCACCCCCUUAUACUAAAUAUUAUGCGUUUUUAUUUAGCCUUGAAAAAUUAGUAUGUUUCAAUGUACAGGUGCGUUUUCUGCAGGUAGUCGAACAGGUUUAAAGGCCACACAGGGAGAGGCUUCUUCAGUCAGCUGUUUCAAGCAGAGCUCUGCCGUUCAUCUUUAACGUGACGUCACGUUUGUAACUGUCCUUACAACGGCGGUGCUGAACAAGAUGGCUGUAGCUCGGCUCGCGGAAAGCUGAAAAGGGAGCUAGUAAUCAAAUGUUUGUCCAAAUAACAGAGUCAGGGAGAGCGACGAAAAAGAGAGACACUGCCCAAUAGACAAGCUGUAUUAUUUUCCUCGGUGUGUGUUUUUUGCUCUUGUUUAGCCAAGAAUUGCACAAGCCAGCAUCAGCCCCCAAGCGCUCUUCGGUAAAUCUUUGGGAACCAAUAUUGCUCUGAUAAUACAUCCCCAAUUCAGACAACGGUUUGCCGGGAGUGGACAUCCUUCAGAACUCGUUGUCAUUGAAAGAGAUGUCACUGCUGUGUGUUGGAGUGAAGAAAGCCAAGCUUGAUGGACCUCAAGAAAAAUUCAACACCUACGUGACGCUGAAGGUGCAGAAUGUCAAGAGCACCACCAUUGCCGUGCGUGGCAGCCAGCCAUGUUGGGAGCAGGACUUCAUGUUUGAGAUCAACCGUUUGGACCUGGGCCUGACGGUUGAAAUAUGGGACAAAGGGCUGAUCUGGGACACCAUGGUGGGCACCCUGUGGGUUCCUCUCCGCAGCAUUCGCCAGUCCAACGAGGAGGGCCCGGGGCAGUGGCUGACCUUGGACUCCCAGGUGAUCAUGGCAGAAAAUGAGAUCUGCGGCACCAAAGACCCUACAUUCCACCGUGUUCUCCUGGACACGCGCUUCGAACUGCCACUAGACAUUCCAGAGGAGGAGGCUCGCUACUGGGCCAAAAAACUGGAGCAGCUCAAUGCCAUGAGGGACCAGGAUUACACGUACCAGGAAACACACGAGAAACCACUGACGGCGCCGGGGACUCAGUGCUGCAACUGGAGUCUAUGGGGAGACCAACAGACUGAUGAUCCAGACAGCGCCGUGGACGACAGAGACAGCGACUAUCGCAGUGAGACCAGCAACAGCAUGCCGCCUCCCUUCUACACGACGUCCCAGCCCAACGCCUCGAUGCACCAGUACCCCAUCCGACACUCCUACCACGGCUCGACCUGCACCGACAUACAGGACUUAGACUACGACAAUCAGAGAGCCAUGAGCCCCACGGGUAGCAGCCGGUACGCCUCCUCGGGGGAGCUGAGCCGCGGCAGCUCCCAGCUCAGCGAGGAGUUCGGCCCCGAGUUCGGCCCCGAGGACGGCGAGAGCUUCCGCGGCUCGGAGUUCUACGACGAGAACGACUCGUACCACUCGUGCCACUCGUCCGUCAGCGGCGGCAAAGACUCGGCGGUCUGGGACCCCGAGGAGGGGGAGGAGGAGGGGGGGCCGCCGGUGGAGGAGGUGUACAGCGACGAGGGCAGCUACGUGAAGGACGGGGGCGAGGAGGGCGCGCUGUACGACGCGGAGGAGCCCGGCGGGGGGAGCUACAACUACGAGGAGCCCGCCGAGGAUGAGUACCGCUAUGAAGACGAAGAGGAGAUGCCCUUCGAGGAGGACGAGAUGUACCCGCUGGACGGCACACUCAGCGAGGACCAGGAGCCGCCAUACACACCCACCCCCACCAGCACGGCCCCCACGCUGGCCCCCGCCGACUCCCUGGCCCCCUCGGCCCGGCCCCCCCUGGAGAAACAGGCCUCACUUCGCCAGGGCCAGCCCCCACAGGCCCAGCCACCAUUCCAGGGCCUUGGGGUCCAGAGCCAGACCCCGGUGCUGGAGCCGUACCAGGACACCUUUGCCAAAGCGCCCCUUCCCUCCUCCUCGCUCCAGCUGCCGGGGCCAGAGGCCCAGCCCUUUGCCCCCUCUGUCCUGCCCUCAGAGCCAGCGGUCAAGCCUCUGCCCAUAGACGAGCUCCUCGCCAUGGACGACCCCGAGCCCUUCAUCGAGAUGCCCCCUACUGCCCUGCCCGAAAAGACCAGUACCCCACCCGAAAGUACAGAACCCUCUCCCGACAGUGCACCAGUGGCUGAGGAGCCUCAGGCCCCAAUGCCCAAGCGCAACCCCAAAGAGAACUGGCUACGGAUCUUCAGUAAGGUCCGCCUGCAGCUGCAACAGGCCCGAGGCGAGACCACUGGCAUCCAGUCUUUAUGUAUACAGGCAGGGCUUGGUGGUGCUCUGUACAGCAUAGACAGCAUGCCCGACCUACGCAAGAGGAAAGCCAUGCCGCUUGUCAGGGAUCUGGCUAUGUCUCUGGUUCAGAACCAGCGCAAGGCUGGGAUAACAUCGGUGAUGGCCUCGAGCACGCUGAACAACGAAGAACUGAAGAGUCACGUGUACAAGAAGACCCUGCAGGCCCUCAUCUACCCCAUCUCCUGCACUACGCCGCACAACUUCGAGGUGUGGACCGCCACCACGCCCACCUACUGCUACGAGUGCGAGGGCCUGCUGUGGGGCAUCGCCCGCCAGGGCAUGCGCUGCACCGAGUGCGGGGUCAAGUGUCACGAGAAGUGCCAGGACCUGCUCAACGCCGACUGUCUGCAGAGAGCUGCAGAGAAAAACUCCAAGCAUGGUGCCGAGGACCGUAACCAGAACAUCAUUAUGGUUCUGAAGGACCGCAUGAAGAUCCGCGAGCGGAACAAACCGGAGAUCUUCGAACUGAUCCAGGACGUGUUUGGAACGCUCAAGUCCAUUCACGUGACCCACAUGAAGCAGAUCAAACAGAGCGUCCUCGACGGCACAUCCAAAUGGUCGGCCAAGAUCAGCAUCACAGUGCUAUGCGCUCAGGGCCUUCAGGCCAAAGAUAAGACAGGAUCCAGUGACCCGUAUGUCACAGUGCAGGUUGGCAAGACCAAGAAGAGAACCAAGACCAUCUAUGGGAAUCUCAACCCUGUAUGGGAGGAGAACUUCAACUUUGAGUGCCACAACUCGUCCGAUCGUAUCAAGGUGAGAGUUUGGGAUGAGGACGACGACAUCAAAUCACGCGUGAAGCAGAAGUUUAAGAGGGAGUCCGAUGACUUCUUGGGUCAGACCAUCAUCGAGGUGCGAACCCUCAGUGGAGAGAUGGACGUCUGGUACAACCUCGACAAGCGUACGGACAAGUCAGCAGUGUCCGGAGCCAUCCGCAUGCACAUCAGUGUGGAGAUCAAGGGAGAGGAGACCGUGGCCCCCUAUCAUGUGCAAUACACGUGCCUGCAUGAGAAUCUCUUCCACUACGUCACAGACCUCCAGAACAGCGGGGUGGUCAAGAUCCCCGAUGCUAAGGGGGAUGACGCGUGGAAAGUCUACUAUGAGGAGACACCACAGGAGAUUGUGGACGAGUUCGCCAUGCGUUAUGGCGUAGAGUCCAUCUAUCAGGCCAUGACACAUUUCGCCUGCCUCUCGUCGAAGUACAUGUGCCCCGGUGUCCCGGCGGUGAUGAGCACCCUGCUGGCCAACAUCAACGCCUACUACGCCCACACCACCCAGGCCACCAACAACGUCUCCGCCUCUGACCGCUUCGCCGCCUCCAACUUUGGGAAAGAACGGUUUGUGAAGCUCCUGGACCAACUGCACAAUUCCCUGAGGAUUGACCUCUCCAUGUAUCGGAAUAACUUCCCUGCCAGCAGCCCCGAGAGACUACAGGAUCUGAAGUCCACUGUCGAUCUGCUGACCAGUAUCACUUUCUUCAGGAUGAAGGUCCAGGAGCUGCAGAGUCCCCCCAGGGCCAGUCAGGUGGUGAAGGACUGUGUGAAGGCCUGCCUCAACUCCACCUACGAGUACAUCUUCAACAACUGCCACGAGCUCUACAGCCGCGAGUACCAGACCGACCCGGCAAAGAAAGGAGAGGUUCCCCCCGAGGAGCAAGGCCCCAGCAUCAAGAAUCUGGACUUCUGGUCCAAAUUCAUCACCCUGAUCGUGUCCAUUAUUGAAGAGGACAAGAACUCGUACACCCCCUGCCUUAACCAGUUUCCUCAAGAGCUGAAUGUGGGCAAGAUCAGUGCAGAGGUGAUGUGGAACCUUUUUGCCCAGGACAUGAAGUAUGCAAUGGAGGAACACGAGAAGAACCGCUUGUGUAAGAGUGCCGAUUACAUGAACCUGCACUUCAAAGUGAAGUGGCUGUACAACGAGUACUGCAAGGACCUGGCUUUCUUCAAGAGCCGGGUGCCCGAGUACCCAGCGUGGUUUGAGCCCUUUGUCAUCCAGUGGCUGGACGAGAACGAGGAGGUGUCUCGAGACUUCCUGCACGGCGCCCUGGAGAGGGACAAAAAGGACGGGUUCCAGGUGACGUCUGAGCACGCUCUGUUCUCCUGCUCCGUGGUGGACGUCUUCUCCCAGCUCAACCAGAGCUUCGAGAUCAUCAAGAAGCUGGAGUGUCCAGACCCGCAGAUCGUGGGCCACUACAUGAAGCGGUUCGCCAAGACUAUCAGCAACGUGCUGCUCUCCUACGCUGACUACAUUUCCAGAGUCUUCCCUGAUUAUGUUAACAAAGAAAAAGUGCCAUGCAUCCUGAUAAACAACAUUCAGCAGCUGCGUGUCCAGCUGGAGAAGAUGUUUGAAGCCAUGGGAGGCAAAGAUCUCAACGUGGAGUCCAGCGACUUCCUGAAGGAUCUGCAAGUGAAACUCAACAACGUGAUGGACGACCUGAGCAGGAUCUUUGCCACGGGCUUCCAGCCCCACAUUGAGGAGUGUGUGAAGCAGAUGGGCGAUAUCCUGGGCCAGGUGAAGGGAACGGGCAAUGUGCCAGCCAGCACCUGCAGCAGCGUGGCCGUGGACGCGGAUAACGUGCUGCAGCCCAUCAUGGAGUUCCUGGACAGCAAUCUAACUCUGUUCGCUAAGAUCUGUGAGAAGACGGUCCUGAAGCGCGUGCUGAAGGAGCUGUGGAAGCUGGUCAUGAACACAAUGGAGAAGACGAUCGUCCUGCCACCACUGACCGACACCACGAUGAUUGGCAAAAUGAAGCAGGCUUGUCACACCGACGGCACGCAGCUCAUCUUCAAUGCUGCCAAGGAGCUGGGUCAGCUCUCCAAACUAAAGGAGCACAUGGUUCGUGAGGAGGCCAAGGCACUGUCCCCUAAGCAGUGCGCCGUCAUCGAGCUGGCCUUGGACACCAUCAAGCAAUACUUCCAUGCCGGAGGCGUGGGUCUGAAGAAGACGUUCCUGGAGAAGAGCCCCGACCUGCUGUCGCUGCACUACGCUCUGUCCCUCUACACGCAGGCCACCGACAAACUGGUCAAGACGUUUGUGCAGUCGCAGAACGCGCAAGUCCACGGAGGGAGAGGGGUAAGGUACACCCCUAGCGAGGAUGUUUACCCAGAGAAGGGCUCUGGAGUGGACGAUGCCGUGGGAGAGGUCUCCAUCUCCGUCGAGGUGUUCACCCAUCCCAGCACAGGAGAGCAUAAAGUCACUGUUAAAGUUGUGGCAGCGAAUGACCUGCGGUGGCAGACCUCGGGGAUCUUUCGGCCCUUCGUGGAAGUCUACAUCAUUGGUCCGCACCUCAGCGACAAGAAGAGGAAAUACGCCACCAAGUCCAAGAACAACAGCUGGGCUCCAAAAUAUAAUGAAACUUUCACUUUUACCCUGAGCAGUGAGUCAGGCCCUGAGUGCUACGAGCUGCACUUCUGCGUGAAGGACUACUGCUUCGCGCGCGAGGACCGCACGGUGGGCAUGUCAGUGCUGCAGGUGAAAGACGUGGCGCCGCGGGGCAGCGUGGCGUGCUGGCUGCCGCUGGGCAAGCGCGUCAACAUGGACGAGACGGGCCUGACCGUGCUGCGCAUCCUGUCCCAGCGCAACAACGACGACGUCGCCAAGGAGUUCGUCAAGCUCAAGUCCGACCAGCGCUCGGCCGAGGAGGGCCGUGGUAGCUAAGAGGGAGGAGAGGAGAGGAGAGGAGAGGAGAAUCUCGUCUCCUGAUCUCGUCUGGAAGCAGGGAGCUGUGGAAAGUACACAAAAACACUGCCCUCUGGUUGUCUGAUGAUGCACUAAUGUCAGAACACGCACACACACACUGCACACACACACAUCCAUAUCCAUACACUGAACACACACAUACACACAAACACAGUCGACCACAGAUACACAUACACACAGACCAACAGGAAGCAUAAUGAACAACUCCUUCCCUCUCUUUGUACUGUGCCAUCUGGACCAUUGUGACUAAUAAAAUGAGCACAGUCCAGACGUUCCACACAAACAUUGCAGAUGGAUACGUAAAAAUGACAACUGCCAUAAUUGACUGCCCUUUGUAUUGUCCCAGCGCUUAGGGUCUCAGUGAACAUAGAGGAAUAUUCGUAUUACUUCCCAUAACCUCAUUAAGUACAUAUUGAGUUUUCUAAAGACUGAAAGUGAAACAUAUCUUCAAAUACAAAAGAGUUUAAUCAAAUCAGAGCUAUACGUAUAUACAAAGCAUAACUAUAUCAUUUAAAAAAAGAACGUAUUACACAUAAUGUUGAUCUUUUCUCUGUAAUAUAUCAAAUGUACUUCUUCAGGUGGUUUUUUAUUUUUAUUUUACUGUAGAGAAUCUGCUGUUACAAGCAAAGAUGUGCAAUUCGUGGAAGGUCGAGAUGAAGCAUGUAGUGCCAUUACUGUUCUCCUGUCCGUCCGUCCGUCCCCCCCCCCCCCCGUCUCCGUCUCCGUCUCAGAUUGUCCUAACAUGUCCCUAUCCCACAUGUCUCCUCAAGCCUGGACCAAGCCCUAGCGUGAUAUCUAUAUUUUUAUUGACUAUUUUUGAUAGUUUCCAGUUUCCCGUGAAGAAGUUCUAACCCUUGCCUCUAACCUUCCACCGCACAGUCUUCUCGCGGGAUCAGACCUCUGCCCUGAUUUAGCAAAGGUGUGUGGGUGUAGAGCUACCGUUCAGAAAACGUUCAAGCCAGUGUACAUUAGGUCUAUGGGCAAGGCAUGUAGCUUUUCUCAUUGGAAGUGCACAAUCGCUCAGGAGAUAGAUAUCGGAGAUAGAUAAAUAGUGGACAAUGCAUAGAUAUUUUCAUGUGGGACAUAUACACAAACAUUUAUUAAAUUGGGGUUAAAUUGGGGGCGCUUUUUUAGUUAUGCAAACUCUUAGAUAAAGCACAAGUGGACCAGUAAAUUGUAAAGCUGAUAGCUGCCAGUCUAAAACGGCUUAGACCAAAUAUCUAGGGCCGGGGAGGACUUAAGAACGACUUCACACGUAUGAGUUUUGAAGCUCCACUCCCUGCUUUUCUUGAGGAUUGAAGAUUUUAAAUUGGAGGGGGUAACAAAAAGGCUGUUCUAAUUACCAGAGACAGCUCCCUCAUGUAGGACAGCUAACCUGGAGUGACACGUUAGUGCUGGGCUUGUGUGAGCUCCGUGGAUUUAGUCAAAUGACCAACCUUCUUUAACCUCCUGUAAAAGCACACUGCCUACCUACCUGACGUCCCUCUGUCUGUCUCUGUGUGUAUAUGUGUCCGCUCAGAAUUCCCUGCAUGAAGAAGGGGGGUGCCUGCAAAGCACCAUAGUCCUGGAAGGAGACCUGGUUUACUAUGUGGACCAGGUCUCCACUCUUUUUCUAUACACCAGUGUUGCCUGUUUGUGAAAAAAAAAAAAAAUCAGCCAUGGUUGAUGAAGCAGAAUGCAACGGGAAGGGAAUGCUUUGGACUUUUGGUCUGUGUGUGUUUUUUUAACUAGUUUCAGAAAGUGUCUUUUACUUCAGUUGAAUGGUUGCGUGUUUGAGAGUAGCGAUUUGACUAAACAUUCCACAAUAUGCCCCUAUCGAGGGCUUAUACAAAAUGGUUUCCGAAGCGAAGUGUGCUCUCUGUGGGCUCGCAGUGCUGAGCUCUCGUCAGAUUUGGCAGAAUGUCGGCAAAGCAGCAGACGCCAGGAAGGAUGCAUUUUUUUAUUGUGUUGCCAUAGUGACCUCAGAUGGAUGGAUUUUAUUAAAGCUUUUCUCAGAAAUCCUUUCCUUCAAGGCGCCUUGAGCAUCCAUCAUCACUGUCUCUGAAAAUCUGUCCUUUGCGCCCCUGGCACCGGUCAGGAUGAGACACAGCAGAUCGACAGAUCUCUACAUUUAACACCCAAGAGUGGCUGCCUCUCUCUCUCCCCAUUAGGCUGAUGCUGGGUGGUUGCUUUUGCCCCGUGUUUUAAUAAGCAUGUCUGCGGUCACAGUGUGACAGAUGCACAGGUCCAGCAGAGCAGCGCAGAGCAGAGCAGAGCAGAGCAGAGCAGCGCAGAGCAUGUCGGAAAUAAUCUGUAGUAACAGCUCAUCACUCCUGCAGAAGCAAUCUGUUGGAUGCCUCCAAAAUCUCUUUAUCCCCGUUUCCCGGAGUGUCUGACAGCAUGAGUGCUCCAGGAAACGUGCCUGCCAUCGUCCCCGGAUGCCCGUUUGUACUUAACCGGUGGCACAGUGAGGGCGAGGUGGCAUGUGGCAGGCGUGAGGUGGCAGCUUGGAAAGCAUGGGAGGGUGGUGUUUUUUUUUUCUUCUUCUGUGACCUAGUGCCACGGCAUGGUCGAGGCUGUCGUCGUGGGGACUGACGUGUCUCUGUGUGCAUCAUAACCCCGUGGCUCCCUCUGCUUGAGCCAAAAUGGCAUCACUGGAGCAGACACAGGCCACUCUGGCCUCUGCCUCUGCCUCUGCCUCUGUUGGUCUGCUUCGAGGUAGCUGCCACAAACGAUUCAUCAAGGAUCUGAAGUUCGGCAAGUGGUGCGUCCCCCAAACGCACUUCAUGCAUUUAGCUAUUUCUCUUCAUAUAUGCGGCCAUCUUAACAUAGCUAUCUCAAGUCUAUGCAUCUAUUGAAUGAAAUUUACAUAUGUGUAGAGAUAAAAACAAAAAAAGUUCUGUAAUGUUUACAGUGUGAAAUAUUAUCAGCACAAACCAUUUGUUGUCUUGUAACCGCUUUUUGGAAAAUUGGCCAAAAUGUUUGGAGCUAUACAUGUAGCUGCUAUGUUUAUUUUAUAUUUAUUUUAUUUUAUUAUUCUAUUUUUAAUGUAUAUGUCAGGUGUGAAGGGUAAUUUGUGGUUACGGGUGUAGUAGUUUUAACCUGACACAAACUGUCUAUGAUGUGAGUGGCGAAAUCUGAUCCAGACUGCAGUAGGAACACAGAAGCACAAUUAAAAGGACACGGUAAAAGAAGGGUAAGACAUGACUUGCGUGUGCAAGAAAUGUAAUUGGUUCAUGCAAAAACACAGAAUCUGACUCCAAUCCUGUAUAUAAGAAGUGCAUGAUGGGAGAAAAAAGUCUCUCUUGUGCCAGCAUGUGUCUUUGAUGUUAUUUCCAAUUGUUGUAUUUGUUUAUUUGUAAUAUUGUUCCUAUUUCUUUUGAUCUUUGGGUAUUAUUUUGUAUUUUUCGAAGGCUUGUGAAUAUAUAAAUAUGUAUUACGGAUGUGUAGUGGUACAGGGUACUCGCAUGAGAGAGUUUUUAUACGAAGAUGUUUAUAAUUUUUUUUGUUUUUUUUAAAUGAUUGCUCUUAUUAGGGAUGGAGUUGAGAUGGGUUACCGCAUCUCUGUGUCUACUUCCAAUAAACAAUGUUUCAAAAGACAAAA